AUGUCUUCUUCUGAGCAGAACUUGAGCUCCAUCCGCCGCCAGGAGAUGCCCUCUUUCUUCCUCCCCUUGGCACCUGCCACCUCGGGUGCCAGGAGGCCAUCUGAUCCCGCUCCUGCGCCGCUUGUCCGCCGUUCGUCGAGCCUCAGCAGCGAUGCCAGCACACCCUCGUACAAGAUCUUGAAGCUCGCCCCAGUCCACCUCGGCGAGCACACUGAUGAGCACAAGGAGGACUGGCACGAGAUUGCCGUCGAGUAA